GGUUCGUUACGCUUUUCCGCUUUUCAGGCUUUUCAAACAUGGCCACAAAAGACUUGCUUACUUUGGAGAACCCAGUUUUUACAUCGUACGCGUUUUAUUCUUCAUUUCUACUGCUUAAACUUUUCGCCGUGGUAUUCUUGAUCGUGUUCUAUCGCAUUACUAAGAAGAUUUUUCCAUCUGAAGAAGACUAUCACGAUGAUCCGAAGGGCGAAAAAAAGAUGAUAGAGCGAAGUCAUCCAGGCCUCGAUAGAGUGAGAAGGAUGCACCAAAAUGAUCUGGAGAACAUUCCAAUCUUCAUCUUGUUAGGGAUGCUGUACGUCUUGUCAGACCCAGCCUACAGUACCGCCAUUAUUGUCUUUCGCAUCUUCGGUGCUGCACGUUUUAUUCACAGUGUCGCUUACUUCUUCGCCUUGACCAGUCCUAGAGGAAUGUCCUGGAUGGUAGGGAUGAUUUGUAACAUCUUUCUUGCUGUACAAGUCCUCAGAGCCAGCAAGUUCCUCUUUUAAAUGUUACAAGCAAGUGUGCUCAUUAAUUCUGACAGCACUUAUCUUUUUUCAUAAAAUAUUCAAUGAAAAUCCAACUGUUUCCUUUUUUUGCACAGCAUGGAUUAGACUAACCGGCUGUAGAGUAUGCCGGAUGGCAAAAACAAACUAGUCUAAACUGCACAUAGAUAGAUGAGGCAGUAAGCUGUGUGGGAUGGGCUGCACAUAACCAAGUAUUAUUCAUUUUCAUAACGUCUUUCAAAUAAACUUUCAUAAGUAAUGUCYUUGACAUA